CCCUCUGUGGCUGGGCGGGGUGAAAGAAAAGUUGCACCAGAUGACUUAAACAGGCAAGAAGGACUUGGUUGAAGACUUGCAAUAGUCAACUUCCAAUACAAUAGCAGCUGGAGAUUUAUAGCCAACGGGCUGGGUGAAGAAGUUAAAGGAUGGCAAAUUACUAAGAGGAAGUUCAGUAUCAAGGGUGGGGGGAUUCUUGCUGAACUGGCUUAGUUGGAUUCUUGCCGAAGUGGGGUUCACGGGCCAUGGAGGAGGCCUGGCCAAACAAAAAGGGCUCAGAGGAGCCUUACUAAAGCUUGAUCUAGGGCGUCCUUGUCAGGAGAGACUCCUGGAAGGCUCUGAUGGGCGGCUUAGCUCAAAGAGGUACUUUUGUUAGUGCCAGAGUCCGCGCCACCGGAAUCAGGAUGGCCCGGCUGUACCUUUCGGCAAUCUCUCGCUCCUACACUUCCCAGAAGCCUCUAGGCCCAUGGCUGUAUCCCGCGAUAACUAAAUUGUCUUUUGCGGAGUGGGCGGGGUCUUCCCGCGGGUCUGAGCGAACGGCCUCCGGGCUUUGUGAGAGAGCUGGGGUCUGCUUGUUUGGAUUCCGGAGAAGCGGAGCUGACCCGACCCGAGCAGGCCCACUGGAGACCUCUGUGAGCUCAGAAACAGAUUCUGCCCAGAACGGCAUUGACCCUGCCAUUGUCUGGGAUACCUGGAUUGAGCAGGAUGCCCUAGACUUCUCUGACCUUCCUAUGUAGGUGGUGGGCAAUAGGGGCUGAGCCAAGAUAACUUCUGACAUAGUCAAACUGGCUCCCUCUCAGAAGAACCUCAUGUUUCCUGACUCCCUUCUCCUUUCUCAGCUCUGCCCUGCUUGGAUAGAGGCCUCAGGAGAGGAGUACAGAAUGGCUGUUGAACAUCCACAAGGCACCUGCAAGACUUUGAAUCAAGGUUGAGACCAAGAAAUUAUUUCUGAAAAAGGAUAUUUAUGGAAUAGAAUCAUCCUGAUGGGAGAUAAUGGAAAAACUUACAAAACACAGCAUUGAGUGUUCAAGUUUCAGAGGUGAUUGGGAAUAUAAAAGCCAGUUUGAGAGAAAACAGGGAUCUCAGGAAGGACAUUUCAGUGAAAUGAUAUUUACUCCUGAAGACAUACCCACUUUCAGUAUCCAGCAUCAGAGAAUUCAUACUGAUGAGAAACUCCUUGAAUGUAAGGAAUGUGGGAAGGAUUUUAGUUUUGUGUCAGUCCUUAUUCGACAUCAGCGAAUUCAUACUGGUGAGAAACCUUAUGAAUGCAAAGAAUGUGGCAAGGCCUUUGGUAGUGGUGCAAACCUUGCUUACCAUCAAAGAAUUCAUACUGGUGAGAAGCCUUUUGAAUGUAAAGAAUGUGGAAAGGCCUUUGGUAGUGGCUCAAACCUUACUCACCAUCAGAGAAUUCAUACUGGUGAGAAACCCUAUGAAUGUAAGGAAUGUGGGAAAGCCUUCAGUUUUGGAUCAGGCCUCAUUCGUCAUCAGAUCAUUCACAGUGGUGAAAAGCCUUAUGAGUGUAAGGAAUGUGGGAAGUCCUUUAGUUUUGAAUCAGCCCUUACUCGGCAUUACAGAAUUCACACAGGUGAGAAACCUUAUGAAUGUAUAGAUUGCGGGAAAGCCUUUGGCAGUGGUUCAAACCUUACUCAACAUCGGCGGAUUCAUACUGGUGAGAAACCUUAUGAAUGCAAAGGAUGUGGAAUGGCCUUUAGCAGUGGUUCAGCCCUUACUCGGCACCAGAGAAUUCAUACCGGUGAGAAACCAUAUAUAUGUAAUGAAUGUGGGAAGGCCUUUAGUUUUGGAUCAGCCCUUACUCGACAUCAAAGAAUUCAUACUGGAGAGAAACCUUAUGUAUGUAAGGAAUGUGGGAAGGCUUUUAAUAGUGGCUCAGAUCUCACUCAACAUCAGCGAAUUCACACUGGUGAGAAACCCUAUGAGUGUAAGGAGUGUGAGAAAGCCUUUAGAAGUGGUUCAAAACUUAUUCAGCAUCAAAGAAUGCAUACUGGUGAGAAACCUUAUGAAUGUAAGGAAUGUGGGAAGACGUUUAGUAGUGGUUCAGACCUUACUCAACAUCACAGAAUUCAUACUGGUGAGAAACCCUAUGAAUGUAAGGAAUGUGGGAAGGCCUUUGGUAGUGGCUCAAAACUUAUACAACACCAGCUAAUCCAUACUGGUGAAAGACCCUAUGAAUGUAAAGAAUGUGGAAAGUCCUUUAGUAGUAGCUCAGCUCUUAAUCGGCACCGGAGAAUACACACUGGUGAGAAACCCUAUGCAUGCAGGGAGUGUGGGAAGGCUUUUUGUAGUGGCUCAAGCCUUACUCAGCAUCAGAGAAUUCAUACAGGUGAGAAACCUUAUGAAUGUAAGAACUGUGGGAAGGCUUAUGGGAGGGAUUCAGAGUUUCAGCAACAUAAGAAAAGUCAUAAUGGUAUGAAACUCUGAAUUGGAAACUAUAAAUUGAAAUUAUGUGAUAAAAGGACUCUAAACAUAUGACAUAAGAAAAUUCAUAGUGGUGAAAAGCUCUACAAACAGAACUAAGGUACAAAUGCCUUACUUAUGCUUCACAGGUUUGUCAGUCUAAGAAAAUUUAUACAAGAAAAAAAAAAUCCCUGGAUAA